ACAAAAUGUGUGCCUUCUACAUUUUUCCUGGUAUUGACCAAUGUAUUUAGGCUAUAUUACUGGCUAUUUAUUUUGAACUGCUAAAAAUGGGACAUAUGCUAUAAUCAUGGCGACAGUAGCCCAUGCAACCAAAGUGUGCAUCAUUUUCUAUUUCAUGUACAUAUACAUAGCCAUCACCGAACACACGGAUAAGAUGUCAAAUCGGAUUUCCUGUUGGUAUUACAAACCAACAAAUUAUAUUUUGUUUUAUUUGCAGAAUGUGGCAUUCUGUUCAGAUGCAGAAAAUGUGGCUUACAAUUUAAAAUCAAUAAAUAGGCCUAUGUGGAACUUUAGUGCACACCAAUCCCUGUAUAGCACUUUUCCAAUAGAUCCAGUAAAGGAGAACUAUGUUAGGAAAGUUAAAAAUAUUUUGUUUUCAGUGGUUAAGCCCAUGCCAUUUAGAACAAAAGUUAGCCUUGUUUCAGCCUCACUUGAUGUGGUUUUGAAUAUUCUUAACAUUGACCCAAGUCAGUUAGAAACAAAAGAAUUUAUAGACGUAGUCGGUGGAAUGGCAUUACCAAAAGCAUCAAUACCUCUUGCGCAUCGUUAUGGAGGGCAUCAGUUUGGUUAUUGGGCAGAUCAACUUGGUGAUGGUAGGGCAAUGCUGCUGGGAGAGAUUGUCAACUCCAAUGGGGAGAGGUGGGAGCUGCACUUGAAAGGAUCUGGACCAACGCCAUAUUCACGUCGAGGCGAUGGUCGCUCCGUGUUGAGGUCAUCCAUCAGGGAGUUUUUGUGCAGUGAGGCAAUGCAUUAUCUUGGUAUUCCAACAACUCGAGCAGCAGCACUGGUUGUGAGCAAUGACAAAGUCCUUCGAGAUGUAUUUUAUGAUGGUCAUCCAAAAGAAGAACGUGCUGCAGUCGUUCUGCGUGUUGCUAGCUCCUGGUUUAGAAUAGGAUCACUUGAAAUACUAGCCUUUUCUAAAGAAUACAACCUCCUUAAACAACUCACUGAUUUUGUCAUUCAGCAGCACUUUCCAAAUAUAAAUUUUAGUGAUACUAACAAAUAUAUAGUUUUCUUUUCUGAAGUUGUUUCAAACACUGCAUCUCUGAUUGCUCAGUGGCAGAGUGUAGGGUUUGCUCAUGGAGUUUUAAAUACAGAUAAUUUUAGUCUGUUGUCCAUUACCAUUGAUUAUGGUCCUUUUGGUUUCAUGGAUGUAUAUGAUCCAGAAUUUGUUCCAAAUACUUCUGAUGAUGAGAAAAGGUAUAGUUUUGAAAAACAACCAGAUGUUGGCUUGUACAGUUUAAAUAAGUUACGGAUAGCUUUGUUGCCUUUGCUAACAAAAGAACAACAGACCAAAGCCAAGUAUGUGCUUCAAGGAUAUGUCAACCUUUAUAAAAAGAAAUUCAUGGAGAUCUAUAGGAAGAAGCUUGGUCUUGUUGGGCAGGAUGAUGAUGAUGAAGAGCUUAUAGCACUGUUUUUGAAAAUGAUGCAAGAUACUGCUUCUGAUUUUAGCAUAACGUUCAGACAACUUGGAGAAAUCUGUUUCAAAACUUUAAGAAAUCUAGUAUUUAAUAAUCAUUUGUGGGCUUUAAAAACUCUUACAACACAUGAGUGGUUCCCAAGAUGGGUAAAACUUUAUUCUAAAAGAGUAGAAAUGUCUGGUAUUACUGAGGAUGAAAGACAAACAUUGAUGAACUCUGUAAAUCCAGUGUAUAUUCUACGGAACUGGAUUGCCCAAAAUGCCACUUCCAUUGCAGAAUAUGAUGACUUUUCCGGAGUGCAGAAGGUAUUGAAAGUUCUUCAGAAUCCAUAUACAAGGCAGCCUGAAGCAGAUGAAAGUGGGUUUGCAGACCCAGUACCAACAUGGGCUAAAGAUUUGAAAGUCAGUUGUUCUUCAUGACCAAAUAAUACAUUUUAAAUUAGAAAUAAAUAAAAUAUUUUGUUCUA